GGGAUUAGUAAAGCCAUGUGCCAAGAAUUGGGGAAUACUAGAAGCAAGCGUCAAGCAGGAAAAGCAUUUAAGAACAGUGCAAGUUCUAGUUCUUCAAAUGCAGGGCAGAAAUGUCCAGUUCCAACAACUCGGGUCCGUCUAAAGAUCAAGUUUGGGAAAGAAAUUGAUCUAAGUAGUUCAAAUAUUUUGAUUCCAGAAAUUGGCAAUGCCUUUAAUCCUGCUUCUGACAUGGGGACUGGUUCAGGUUCUCAAAAAGUUGGAAGCAAUGCAGAAGACAAAUCUUUGGGACUGGUGUCCUUGGGCAAUUUAGAAACCUUCAAAAGCAACCUCAAGAAGGAUGAUCUUGUACUAAAUGCGCAAAUUGCAACAAACCACUUAGAAAGUACUGCAAAAAUUGAGAAGUCAAAUGGGGAUGUAGAGGCAAAGUUUCUUACAAAUCCUCUAGAAAAGGUGGUAGAACCAUUGAUUGAACCAAUCAUUAAUAUGGAUCCUGGAACUUCACCUGAUUCAGAAGUCAUCAAUUCAGUUCCAGAAGUUCAAGUUGGAGAAAGACAUCAAGAAGAUAUGCAUCAUGCUCUUUUAGGUCCUCCUUUGGAUUUCAAUUCUAAUUUGCAUAUUACUAUUAGCAAGAAGGGGAAGAAAAAAGACAAACAUAUUUCUUCAAGUGAUUGUAUUACUGAAGUUGGAUCACAUGGGCGACAUAGAAGUAAUAAAGCAAAACAAUCAAAGAAUCACAGAUGUAAGAAGAAUUCUAGUAAUACAGUUAGCUCUUUGGAAUUGCCUGCUUCCACUGAGAUAAAUGCUUCAAGCAAAUCUAUUAGUAGUGAAGAAUUUCCGACAGAACCAUUACCCCUUUCUGGUGAGAGUGAACUUGGAGACUCUGCUGAAGCUUUGAAGGUCCAAGGGUGCAAGCCAUCUGUUAACCACAGGCCAUCAGAACCCCUGGGUUCUGAGAAUAUGCCACCUUGUGUAAGAUAUUUGGGGCGUAAACUACCUAAAAGCCUUAUGAGUGUUAAAGUUAGCAAGGCCAAGUCUAAAGCUUCUGACUCAACAAAGAAAAAGAUCACUUGUAGACACAAGGAGAAACAGAGAAGGCCAAAUAGUAAAAGCGAAGUCAAGGGAAAAGGUGGCCCGCAUAAAGUUACGUCAGAAGUGGAGGAUCACAUACAUACAGCAACCAGCACAGUUGGAAAUGGCAAAUUGGAUGCUGAUCAAAGAUUUAAUGCUGAUGGAAACAGAGUAUCAGUUAAUGUAUCUAAUUUGAACAUAUUGCCCACCAUUGAUUCGGGAGAGCAGCAUAAAUCACCACAUAAUGCAUGGGUGCGUUGUGAUGAUUGUCACAAGUGGCGGCGCAUUCCAGCUGUGCUUGCUGACCUGAUUGAUGAGACAAACUGCACCUGGACAUGCAAGGACAGCAAGGAUAAAGACUUUGCUGAUUGUGCUAUCCCUCAGGAAAAGUCAAAUGCAGAGAUUAAUGCAGAAUUGGGAUUAUCAGAUGAAGAAGAUGCUUACGAAGAUUCCAGAAAUUAUAAGGAAUUGUUAUACCAACAGCCAUUGGUUUCCCAGGAGUCAACUUUCACCCAAGUCCUUUCCAAUGAGUUUCUACAUCGUAGCCGUAAAACACAAACUAUUGACGAGAUAAUGGUCUGCCAUUGCAAACAACCUCAAGUAGGCAAGUUAGGCUGUGGGGAUGAAUGCCUAAACCGGAUGCUAAACAUAGAAUGCGUUCAAGGAACCUGCCCAUGUGGGGAUUAUUGUUCCAACCAGCAGUUCCAAAAACGCAAGUAUGCCAGCUUGAAGUGGUUUAAAUGUGGGAAAAAAGGUUAUGGACUGAAGGCACUUGAGAAUAUAGCCCAAGGCCAGUUUCUCAUUGAAUAUGUUGGGGAGGUGCUUGAUACUCAUGCUUAUGAGGCACGGCAAAGAGAGUAUGCUUUGAAGGGUCAUAGACAUUUCUAUUUUAUGACCUUGAAUGGAAGUGAGGUGAUAGAUGCAAGUGCAAAAGGAAACUUGGGCCGUUUCAUUAAUCAUAGUUGUGAUCCUAAUUGUCGAACAGAAAAGUGGAUGGUGAAUGGGGAAAUAUGUAUUGGACUGUUCGCAUUGAGGGAUAUUAAGCAGGAUGAAGAAGUGACAUUUGAUUACAACUAUGUAAGGGUUUUUGGUGCUGCUGCCAAAAAAUGCUAUUGUGGCUCAAUUAAUUGUCGAGGUUAUAUAGGUGGUGGUGAUCCGUUAAAUUCCGAUUUGAUAGUUCAAGGUGAUUCUGAUGAAGAAUUUCCAGAACCUGUUAUGCUUAAUGAUGAUGGCGUAAUUGAAAACGGGUUGCUUUCACGCAAGUUUACUACUCCGAUAGACGCAGAUAAUACUCCAGAGAAGGAGAGUUCUAUGAACCCUUCCUCUGCUGUUGAUUUGUUGCACAGCUCCAUCGAAGAAAAUUCAAAGGGGAAGUUACCAUCUUCUGUUCGCGUUGAAGAAAUUUCUCAACUAGUGGAGAAUACAGAAAGUAAAACCAUGCCUGCUAUACAACAAGGGCAUGCAAUUGAUCUUACGGACAAAACUACCUCCAUUCAGAAAGAUGAGAAACUUUCUUCCCUUGCACCUGUCAGAAAAGUUUUAUUGAAUGCUACCAUCAGUAAUAAGGAAUUUAAGCCUGAAAUAGUCAAGGCUCCUAAACUGGUUAGUUCUGUUAAAAGGGGAAAAGUUUGUGCUAAUCCUCCAAACGGCCUCAAAAUUGAGACAUCAGUGAACCGAUUGCAGUUGUCAUCUGGGAAACUGAAAAAAGUUGUUGAAGGUUCUUCUAAUGCAAGAUUUGAAGCAGUCCAGGAGAAGCUUACGGAAUUACUUGAUGGAGAUGGGGGAAUAAGCAAAAGAAAAGAUGCCACCAAAGGUUACUUGAAACUCUUGCUUCUCACUGUGGCAUCAGGUGAUAGGAGCAGCGGUGAAGCCAUUCAAAGCAAUCGAGAUCUCUCAAUGAUCCUUGAUGCCCUUCUGAAAACGAAAUCUAGAGCAGUGCUAAAUGAUAUAAUUAACAAAAAUGGUUUACAGAUGUUACAUAAAAUCAUGAAGCAGUACAGGCGGGAUUUCAAAAAAAUUCCAAUAUUACGAAAGCUGCUUAAGGUGCUAGAGUAUCUGGCUGUGGGCAAGAUACUGACAUUUGAACAUAUCAAUGGUGGUCCCCCAUGUCAUGGAAUGGAGAGCUUUAGGGAAUCAAUGCUGUCUCUGACAGAGCAUGAUGACAAACAGGUACAUCAAAUUGCUCGAAGCUUCCGAGACAGAUGGAUUCCUAGGGCAUCCAGAAAACAUGGAUAUAUGGACAGGGAUGAUAAUAGAAUGGAAUCUCAUAGAAGUUACAACAGUAACAGAUUUUCAUCAUCACACAAUCAUAGGCAUGAACAGGACUCUAGACCUACAGAAGCAGUGGAUUGUGUUCCAAUGUCAAUAUCCGUGGAAACUUCAGCUGAUGCUGGUGCACCUGAGGGAUCCUCCGCACCCUCUCUAGAUGGGGUUGAUGUCAAAGGGACAAAAAAACGAAAGCGCAAAAGCCGGUGGGAUCAACCAGCAGAGACAAAUUCUUAUUCCGAUGCAGCAGUUAUUGGUUCUACUGAUGGAAGCCGGAACAUUCAUGAGGACGUUCCGCCAGGAUUUUCUUGUCCCGUAGGUGCUGGUGAUCUUGCUCCGCGAAAUGGAGUCCAUUCUGGAAGUGCCCCUGACUUGGUUUUUGGUCAGCCAAAGGAGAAAUUUAACUCUCGCUUGCCUGUCUCAUAUGGAAUCCCUUGCUCUGUUGUCAAGCAAUUCGGAACACCUCAUGCUGAGAUCUCGGGUAGUUGGGUCACUGCACCUGGAAUGCCUUUCAACCCAUUUCCUCCGUUACCACCAUAUCCACGGGAUCAAAGAGACUGUUUACCUUCCAAUACUUCCAGCGCUAUGGAAAUUGAUCAGCCAUCUGAAAUCAAACAGUCAGAUGGUAGUGGCCUAGUUAGCAGUUGCGCUGAUGAUACUGUUCGCAGCACAACUGGCACUAACUCUGAUGACAUGAAUCAUACAGAUGAGGAGAAUCGAAACAUAACUAAGCGAUUGAAGGACGACGAUACCUAUGACCUGGGAAGGAGGUACUUUAGACAGCAGAAGUGGAACAAUUCGAAAAUACAUCGACCUUGGUUCCGGAGAGAUGCAUGGAAAUGCAAUAAUAGGAACAACACCAGUGGUGGUGAUAUGUGUGGUAUGGGUGUAGGAAAUGUACAAUCAGAAGUUACAAGAAGCUCAGAGGAUGCAAUUUGUAGAGAUGAGAAAGGUGGCAAAUAAUAUUUGUUAGUAGUAUGCACAGCUUCAAACCCAAUAUUGUUCACAGGAAAAAGAAAUUGAUUUUUGUUUUCUUUUUUCUCUUCCAUAUAAUUAAUGAACUGUCAAUUCAUUUGUUCCUGAAAUCUAUUAUUAUUCAAUGAAAAUUUCAUUCAAUUACAGCAUUCUAUGGUAUAUAUUGUACCUUGGGGAUCCUUCUGCUCCCCAAACCUUCAAAAGGAAGGUGUUAUCAUAGAUUUGUGAUUCUCAAAUGGAAAACUAGUCAUCCUUUUUCUGUGUUCCUCCUUAGAUCAUGUGAUAUUCUACUGGAUUCUGUUCGAGACUGUUACAUUGGAAUUAUUUUAUAGCAAUAUUCAAGUACAA